AUGUUCAGUGACUCGCCUCUCCGUCCAAUUGCGCGGAAGAGCAGCGAUGAUGAUGAUACCAAUGGUAUUGCUGAUGAGACCCCUGCUGAUGGUGAUGGAGUUGGGGAGCCUCGUCUCGACCUUACGGCUGGUUUCACAAAUGCCGACAACUGGGAUGAUGCUGAAGGAUAUUUCCGCACCCGGCCAGGAGAGUUGAUCAUCAAUAGAUAUCUUGUCAAUCGUGAUAUUGGGAAUGGAGUUUACAGCACAGUUCUGAGUGCUCAAGAUCAAAAAGAAAAUCGGGAGGUUGCAAUCAAGAUGAUUCGCUCAAAUGAAACGAUGUAUAACGCUGGUAAGAAAGAGAUCGAUGUACUGAAGCGCUUGGGCAACGAGGAUCCUGAAGGUCGAAAGCAUAUUUGUAAGUUGCUUUCACACUUCGAAUACAAAGGUCACCUCUGCAUGGUGUUCCAUCCAAUGGAGAUGAAUCUUAGAAAGCUUCUCAAGACUUAUGGCAGGGAAGUUGGUAUCACUCUUCAAGCUAUUCGUGCUUUUGCGCGCCAACUUUUUAUCGGAUUGUUGCAUAUGCAGAAAUGUGAGGUAGUGCAUGGUGAUAUCAAAUUAGACAACAUUUUGAUUUCCAAGGAUCUGAAGACGGUGCAGAUAUGUGAUUUUGGAACUGCCGAUUGGAUAACAGAGUGUGUCAUAACGCCGUACAUGGUUUCGCGUUACUACCGUCCUCCAGAGAUAUGUCUAGGAUUGAAAUAUGGCUAUGGGAUGGACCUGUGGUCUGUUGGAGUGUGUCUUUUCGAGCUUUACACAGGAAAAUUCAUGUUCACUGGUCGGAACAACAAUGAAAUGUUGAAGCAAUUCAUGGACUACAAAGGUAUCCCAUCGAAAAAACUCCUCAAACGGUGUCAGUUUUUCGACCAGCAUUUCGAAGAAGAUAAGGCAGACAUUUUCUUCAAAUAUUUGACGCGAGAUUUGGUCACAAAACAAGAGAUCAUACAGAAGAUUCGAUACGACAGACCUAACAAGAAGAUUCUGGAAAGCAUCUUGAAGCACAAAGCAGAAAGUGACAAUCUCAAGAAGGUGAAAGAAUUUGCGGAUCUUCUGGAGCAAAUCUUCAUUUUGGAUCCAGAAAAGAGGAUCAAAGUUUCGGAUGCCCUCCGGCAUCCCUUCCUCAAGCAUGAUGUCUGA